UUUCUGGGAAAAUACGUAAUCCGUACAUAAAAAGGACUCGGUUUUGAAAACACUGUGUAUGACACUUUUCUGGAAAUUCCUCAAGAUGCAGGCCAGUGAUAGAUUCAACAUCAAUUCCCAACUUGAGCAUCUUCAAGCAAAAUAUGUUGGGACUGGACAUGCAGAUCUGAACAGAUUUGAAUGGGCUGUUAACAUCCAACGUGAUAGCUAUGCUUCCUAUGUUGGGCAUUAUCCUAUGCUUGCCUACUUUGCUGUCGCAGAAAAUGAAUCUAUUGGAAGAGAGCGCUACAACUUCAUGCAGAAAAUGCUGUUGCCUUGUGGCCUUCCUCCUGAAAGAGAAGAUGAUUGAGAGUUUUUGGCAGAUAGAAUAGUUAUAUGUGGCCUUUAAAUCUAGCUUCUCUUUCAUGUUUGUCUGAAAAUUAAGACGUGCUCCAUAGCAACUUGAUGAUUUCGCUUCUCAGAGUGGACGUUUGGUUUAUACUAUAGUUGAAUGGAACACUUUUAGGCUUGGAAGCAAGGUGAUUAAUGUUAACUGUUGUAUUCCCCCUAAACAUCAAACUGGAAUAUCAAUUACCAUCUAAAGAUCAAGACUCUUGUUUGCAGAAUUUGAUUUGAUCACUUUUAGGCUUAUUGCUUAGCUUGAUAUCUUUUGAGGGCCAUUAGCUUAGCAUAAUUAGAAUCAAUUUGGUUCCUUCUUCAUGGGUAAGCUCAAAGUUGUACACUGAAACCAUUAUUAUGCGGUAAGAAAAACCGAAUCAAUUAUAGAAAUCUUUAACUUGAAAA